AGUUCGACUACUUCCUGGCGUCUCGCGAGUAGCCCGGGCUCUGCUGACGUUGAAGGUUAAAAACUUCAAGUUUCAGUCUUGAGUGUGCAGGUUUUCUGUUUUUAAAGUGAGAUGCAGUCAGCGGGAAAACUCAUGAAGGUUUUCAUAACGAGGCGCAUCCCGCAAGAGGGGCUGAAGAUCCUGUCAGCGGCUGGAGUGUGUGAGGCGUCUCAGUGGGACUCCGAUGAGCCUGUUCCGAGGGCAGAGCUUCUCAAAGGUAUUCAGGGGGCUCACGGUCUUCUGUGCCUGCUGUCGGACAAGAUCGAUGCUGAGGUCCUGGAGGCUGCAGGGCCGAACUUGAAAGUGAUCAGCACGCUGUCUGUGGGAUUCGACCACCUAGCCAUCGAUGAGAUCAAAAAACGUGGUAUUCGUGUUGGAUACACCCCGGAUGUCCUGACUGAUGCCACAGCGGAGCUGACUGUGGCUCUGCUGCUGGCCACCGCUCGCAGAUUACCAGAGGGAGUGGAGGAGGUGAAAAAUGGUGGCUGGAGCUCAUGGAAACCUCUCUGGCUGUGUGGUUACGGUCUUUCUGGCAGCACUGUAGGAGUCAUUGGACUGGGACGCAUAGGCAUGGCCAUAGCUCAGAGACUCAUGCCAUUCGGAGUAAAGAGACUUCUGUACUCUGGGAGAACAGCCAAGCCGCACGCUGCUGAAGUGAAUGGAGAGUUUGUUCCCCUGGACACACUUGUGUCUGAGAGCGACUUCAUUGUUGUUUCCUGCUCCCUGACACCAGAAACCCAGGGCUUGUGCGACAAGAGUUUCUUCAGCAAGAUGAAACCCACCGCAGUCUUCAUCAAUACUAGCAGGGGGGCUGUUGUGAAUCAGGAGCAUCUAUAUGAGGCACUGAGCAGUGGACAGAUAGCCGCAGCUGGACUGGAUGUCACAACACCUGAGCCACUUCCAACAAACCACCAGCUUCUCACGCUAAAGAACUGCGUGGUGUUACCUCACAUUGGCAGUGCCACGUACUCCACGAGAGGCGUCAUGUCGGCGUUGGCAGCGCGAAACCUGCUGGGUGGUCUGCAGGGCACAGACAUGCCCAGUGAACUCACCCUCUAAGAGCUUCAAAGUGAGCCGCUGUGCCUCUUCUGCUAACAGCAGAAAACAAUAAUGAAGUGAUGUGGAUGAAAAGAAUAGUAAGAAUGUAGUUCAGUCACGGUUGGGUACAUGAUCAGUGUUGGCUUCAUAGUUUCACUUUAAUCUGUCAUUUUUGACACUGAUAGCACUUGUUAUAUUCAUUGUGCAUUUUUGAGGAAGGAAAUGAUUGGUGCAUUUUUGUGAAAUAUAUUCAAGUACUUUAAAAAUGGCCUAAAUAACAAACCAUCGGCCCUUGUUAACCCUAAAACUUCUCAAAAUACACUAUUAUUAAAACUCAUCUACCCCAUUUUAAAAUGCAAUAUUUACCAUGAUGAACUUCCUUAUCUGAACUUUCUCUGCUAAUACUUCAUGUCUCCCGUUACUGAAACAGCAUAACACUCCAGUUUUUGUAAUGAAAUCUGAUUUUUCUGAAGAAUAAAAAGCCAACUUUUAUGCGCAAAA